GAAUUUCAAAAUGCAGCUUGGCCAAGCCAGGUUUUAACAACUGUUAAGUACACUCUUCAUCUUCCAUCAACAACCACAGCUAAAGUUUCAGAGAAAAAACUCAACAGCAGCAAUGAAAUCCGCAGCAAUUUUCAGAAGUUUCUCGAAUCUUCCAUCAGGCCAAACUCCAAACUCAGCUCAUCGGCGCGUAGCUGAGCGACUCCUUUUACUGCCGAAGCCAAGCGCUUCACUCCCGAAAAAAGUAGGUAGCAGUAGCAGUAGUAAAGCCAGAAGUAAAACAUCUGCUUGCGACACAAUCUCCGCUAGCUAUGGGGAUAAGGAAUCGGAUUCUGUUAGUUCUAAUGAGUAUACUUCUCCGGCGAAGGCACUCCGGAAACUUCUAGAAUCGCCGGGAAUUCAUCAAGGUCCUGCUUGUUUUGAUGCUCUCAGUGCUAAGCUUGUUGAGCGCGCCGGCUUUGAUUUCUGCUUUACAACUGGUUUUGGAAUAUCUGCCACACGAUUAGGAGUGCCAGAUACAGGACUAAUUUCUUAUGGAGAGAUGGUGGCUCAAGGUCAAGAGAUCACACAAGCAGUGUCCAUACCAGUAAUUGGAGAUGGAGAUAAUGGAUAUGGUAACGCCAUGAAUGUCAAGAGAACUGUGAAAGGAUAUAUUAGAGCAGGUUUUGGAGGAAUAAUUCUCGAAGAUCAGGUUUCUCCCAAAGCAUGCGGUCAUACACGUGGCAGGAAGGUCGUCUCUAGAGAGGAAGCAAUAAUGAGAAUAAAAGCGGCUGUUGAUGCUCGAAAGGAAAGUGGAUCUGACAUUGUGAUUGUGGCACGUACUGAUUCUCGUCAAGCAGUCUCUUUUGAGGAAGCACUUUGGCGGGCACGUGCUCUUGCUGCUGCUGGAGCUGAUGUUCUGUUCAUUGAUGCUCUUGCUUCCAUUGAAGAGAUGAAAGCUUUCUGUGAUGUCUAUCCACUGGUUCCGAAGAUGGCAAAUAUGCUUGAAGGUGGUGGUAAAACGCCAAUACUCACUCCUAUUGAACUUGAGGAACUUGGAUACAAAAUUGUGGCAUAUCCACUUUCCUUGAUGGGGGUAUCAAUAUGUGCAAUGCAGGAUGCACUAUCUGCCAUUAAAGGAGGUCGGAUACCUUCACCUGGAAGCAUGCCUUCAUUUGAAGAGCUAAAAGAAAUCCUAGGCUUCAAUACCUACUAUGAAGAAGAGAAGCGUUAUGCAACAACAAGCAGCCAACUUCCUUCUCUGAAAGGCAAUUUCUCAUCAAGAAGCAACGAGUAUGGUGUUCAACCUGGCAUCCCAGCUGAUACUGAACAGAGGGGUCAAAUACCACAGAACCCUGUUGAGGUACUGAUUCCUGAGGUGUAUGACAAAUUUCCUGGAGAGGGUGCAAAAGGAAAUUUCUCAGGGAUCUGGUCUCGGAAAUUAAGAGUAAAA